GGCUUGAAUCUCCUUAAAGAGAGCGAAUUUCCCGCGCCUCAACCCUUACAAUAGUUAUUGUAAUUUUUAUUAUUUGUAUUUUCUGGUGUUUUAUUUGUAAUUAUCACCAACAAUUUUAAGGAAAUUCAAUUAGCAAAAGUUCAUGGAGCCAGUACUGGAGAAGCCCAACGAGAAUACAGGCAAUUUCAACAAGCCCUUCCGGUUCAAGGGAGCCCAUUUCAAGGGAUGGAAAGGCAAGGUGCUUUUCUACUUCAGUCUCCUCAAGGUGGCCUAUAUCUUGACCGAGAAAAAUCCGAACAAAGUCCCCACUGAAGAGAUGACCGACGAGGAGUAUGCUGUUCAUCUUGAAAAAAUUGAGAAAUACAACACAGAUGAGUAUAAAUGUCGAUAUUAUCUUUUGAAUUGUCUUUCAGAUCAAUUUUAUGAUUAUUAUGAUACUACUUACAUCACUGCCAAGAAAAUUUGAAAAGCCUUGCAGAAUAAAUAUGACACUGAAGAGGCAGGUGCUAAAAAAUAUGUUGCAAGCCGUUUUUUCGCUAUCAAAUGAUAGGUGGAAAAUCAAUGGUAUUGUUGACAAGCUACCAUCGUCGUGGAGGGAGUUCCAGAAGUCAAUACAUCACAAGCAAAAAGAGAUGUCCUUGGAAACUCUAAUCACACGGAUUCGGGUGGAGGAGGAAUCACGAGGACAAGAUGCGCUUAUGACACAAGAGCAUUCCACUACAAAGCAAAAGUGGGCAUAUUGCUCGAACUUGGAAAUUUCGGAAACAACAGUCUCGACCACAGGCUAAUGUUACCGAGGAACCAUUUGUGGCAAUGAUUACAGAUAUUUUUAUGGUUCAAUCUGUGGAAGGAUGGUGGGCAGACUCUGGUGCCAAUGGGCAUGUCUGUUAUGAUAAAGAUUGGUUCAAAGACUUCACUCCUUUUAAUAAGGAGAUGACUGUUAUGCUUGGUGACUCCGGUUUAACCAAGGUGCUCGGGUGUGGGGAUGUUGAACUAAAUUUUACCUCUAGACAUGUGCUUGUUUUAAAAGAUAUGUUGUACACACCGUCCAUGAGGAAAAAUUUGAUGUCAAGUUAUUUGCUCAACAAAGCUAGUUUCAAGCAGACUAUUGAAUCUGACCAAUUUGUAAUCACUA